AAAGUGGGUUUCAACUUUGUGCCGGAACAGAGGCAACAAACAGAGGCAGGUGUUCGUGUUGCUGCGCAAACGCGAAGAGAACAUGCUGGAAAUUCCGGUGCCAGGCACACGAAUAGACGAUCGCUCGGUGGAAAUAAACGGCUUUCCCAAGGUGGUGCUCGGGACAACUCGCAGCGAAGUGGACUUUCCUCGCCAGCAGCAUUUCUACCUCCUCCAGGCAUGGGUACUAGUAUGGCGAGUCAUGGCGACGCUCUUGCGCCACACCAUCCACCACGAGGACCAAUGCCAGUUGUUGCGACCUCGAGUCACAUGGGACUUUCCCCCGCUCCUUCUUUUCCUGUUCACAAUUUCGUGCCACCUGGUGGUACUAUUCCCUUUAUUCCCACUGGAGCCCACCUCCCGGUUCAGCAGCAACAACCAUUUGUGAAAGGACAAGCACAACGACCACAAGCGCCACCAGGAGCAGCUUUCGUCGGUCCUGACCCCCACGCUAUGCUGAAAGCGCGUGUCCUGGUCGCCAGUCAGCCGUCAGCACCUCAGCAGCGAAAAAGACCCGCAGUGGAGCAAGCGACCGAUAAUUCCUCAGACGAUACUGGUGCUGCAGCUUCUCUCUCCUCCUCUUCCGAAGAAGAUUCUUCUGACGAUGAAGACGAACACGACCUGAUCAAGCGCAAACGCAUGCUCAAUGUCGACAAGCUGUGGCCCCAGGAAUUCUCCCUUAAAUCCACCCUCAACGGGACCGCCGCGGCACAACAGAAAGCAAAGCAACUUGCGAAUGCGGAAGCGAAAAAGGCGGCGGAAGCGGGGUCCGCGUUGCUGUCUCGGUUCAAAAACGGCCCCCGGCGAACCCGGGAAAAAAGCGAGUGGGCGCACCAGUACGAUUUUACGAUCCACGACGAGAAACAGCAGAUUUCGUCCGACGAAGAUUUUGGUGUUGGGACGAAACGCGAUAUCAGGGCUGCGAAAAGAAAGAUGAAAAACAAAAACCCGCGGGGGAACAAUAAGCAAGCAGAUAAUGAUAAUUUUUAUUCAACAACGGAUGGCAUCAACCCGGCGCGAGGGGGUCCUCGAGGUCGUGGCAACAUCAUGCAGCUGGGCGGUAGUGGAGCUGCGUCUGGUGGUGCGCUUGUAGUUCCGCCUGCAGGCGGUCAUCCUGCGGCUCCUUCGGGUAGAAGUUCUGUUGGUGUUCAUCUUACAACAGCCGGUGGUCAGCAGCCCCAGCAGGAAAUGCUUCGCCGCGGUUCGUUCAAGCCGUCGACAUUGUUCUCCAGAGACCCGCACAUAUCCGCGCAAAGCCGCAGUUUGUUGCUGGAGCAUCUCAAGGGGCAGAUUGCUGCGAGAAAGGCAAGAGGAAAUGUUGAGAACAAAGGAAAAGGGCGGAAUGGCAUCGAAAAGGAUCAGGAUGAAAAUAGGAAGAAAACCCCGAAAAUAGUAAUGGCCGUCGAAGUUGAGCACCAAGAUGCACCGCAAAACAUCGCUCACGUCCUGCAGCAAGCCGCUAAGGAAAAUCGUAUUUACCCAUCACUUGCGUGUGCGCGGACUGUGGCGUUUUCUACGAGUAGAAACGGCAACCGGACGGGAGACACGACUUCUACUGCGCCGGGCGUUGUAGCCGCGGAAUUUAUUUUAACCGAUAAAGAUAAUUUGGUGCCGGACUACACAAACACGCGCGUACAGCUGCAGCAACGAUUUUUGGGCGGCAAGACACACAUGAGCUUGUUUAAAGGGAUGUCGUCAUCGUCGUCUGCAGGUUCUAGUGCAAUUGCAAUUACAUCCUCGGUUGUACAGACGGAGAUGAUGAGCAAUCAAGAGCACCAAUUUGUCCUCGCUCAAAACAACACUUUUGCACGUCUAUCAAAAUAAAAAAUCCCCCCUCCCCAUAUCGAACAGGAAAUUUGUGAUGCUGGAUUUGCGUACACAAAUCAGAUUUGUCUUGCUGGAGAGGACUGCAGGCCCACAUCAAGCCUGAGUACAGAGGUUUUGGCCUAGGCGCUUAGCAUGAGAAACGUCUGCGCUGUAGGCCCAACAGCAUCACAGACCGCUUGUAUAAUACGGCGAAGCCUGUGGAAUUGCCUUCUUGCAAGACAGACGUGAUUUGUGGUCGCAAAUCAGCAUUGCAAAUUUUCUGCGCCGUACCUUUUCGAUAUGGGGAGGGGGGAUUUUUCCUUACGAUAACGUCCCGACGUGGAUCAUGCGUCCAGCAUCCAGCACCUGGACGCCGAACAUCAAAUAAAUCUUCGGUCUGGCGUCUCUAUUUUCGGACCUGCAGAACGUAUGAGGUCCUCAGAUGUGAAGUUUCCAAUUUUUCCAAAAAAAAAACUAUCGAUGCAUAAAUAACUAUGUAGUUCAGUAGCUAGCUAAGGUGGAGCGGUUUCAAGGUCUCCGGCUGCGUCUCGUAACGGCGAUCCGGCAUCUCGGCGAAGCAGGAGCUGGCCAUUUGUAUGGAGUUUUGAAAAUCCUAGUGAGCGAGCAUUGAAAAAGCAAAUGUCUGAUGUGGUUCCCUAAUACAUGACUCCAGUAGUAGCGGUCUGAUGCACAAUCGUCGACGAGAUCGGAGAAAUCUAAGCUCUACACGGCUCUUACGGGGCACAAAUAGGGGUCCUGGAAAAAGGUUGCUCACAAAUGUCUAGGAUCAGUAUCUGAUGGCGCCGCUCGCUCGAUGUGCUCUACGAAUACGACCCGCCACGGCUCUCAGAGUCGGCUCUUUCAUGUUGUUUCGAUUUACGAUAUUCCGAUCAGGCUUGCACGUAAAUUUCGAACGAUACGCUCAGGUCGAUGCUCUUAGUUUCUAGGCAACGAGCGUUCCACAUUGCUGCUUCUUAUUCACAAAUCCACAUUCUCAUCAACCACAGGAUCCUCGUCUUUGCGCCCAUGCUCACCUCCCUCACCGCAGGUCGUACAGAAGCCGAAAUAGAGGACAAGGACUGUAGCGACGGCUUGGCGACGAGACCGUUCCGAGAUACGCAGCCGGAGACCACGCAACCGCCCUACCUGAGCUAGCUAGUUCAUGAGAUAGAUACUAAAUUACCUAAAGUAGCUAGUUUUUUUUUUCGAUUUUGUUGAAAUUUCACAUCUGAGGACCUCAUAGAACGACUAAACCUUCGGUCCGCCGUCUCUACUUUCGGACCGAUCCUCCGGUUUCGGUCUGCCGUACUGAGUGGAAAACUUCACAAAUACAAAUAUCUGCAAAAAUUGGUCUUUAGAGGCUUCACGGCUGCUGGGAGGGGGCCCAGGGUCUGCGAAACGCGACGCCGGUGAGUCGAACACCAGCACGGCAACAGCGCGCGGCGUUGUUCUGUCCGGCAAGGUCCGGAGGGUUUGGCGUCGCUGAAGGCCAUACCGGACGACGACGAGCAUGCAUGUACUUCAAGAACAAAAUCGGAAGGCUGUUGCCUUUCCUUUGUGUCGCGUCCGCCGAUGCGGUUUGUCGUUUAGCCCGUGAUUGGAGCAAAAAAACGCUAUUCCCACUUGGAAACUUUCCACAAAUGAACAGACCCGACCCCUCCGGAGACCCACAAAUCUGGGGCCCUUCUGAACAGCCAAAUUCCCACUUCCCGCUUGGAAACUUUCCACAAAUGAAAAGGCAGGGGGGUCCGGCGACCCCUGCCGGAGAGGUCGCCCGCGAGCAUUUUUCUGCGUCAUUUUGAUGCGAUUUCCGCCUUUCGGCGAUUCGCCGCGACCUAUUACUGCCUCCGCCGGCGCCGCAUGGCGCCGGAAUUCCGGGCACCCUGGCGUGGCCCCGAGAGCCCUAGUCCCGCCCUGCUAAGCGGCCCGCGCUGGUGCGACUUUGGUCGGGUUAAAUGGCGACCGCCUGAGAUGAAUGCUCUGGCGCCCCUCCCAAGGAUGCCCGACAGGGCCUGAAUUGCUGAAAAGCAUAACACUGGGCGCCUGUUUCUCUGCAGUUCUGCCUUUUAAGCAUCAAUUUUUGCAGAUAUUUGUAUUUGUGAAGUUUUCCCCUUAGUAUGCCGUCUCUAUUUUCGGACCGAUCCUCCGGUUUUGGAAGGACCAGCGAAGACUCUAUCACUACCAUCUCACCUACUUGCAGGAAACUCGAAAGGCCCGCUACGCCGCUACGCUGCAGGAGAAACUCGGCCAGAAACUCGCCUCCACGGACGGGGCGAAGCGGAUGCGACUGCGGUUCGAGAACAAUCUGCCCGUCGCGCUCGCCCAACCGAAAAUGCGCUCUCCGCUGACGUAUCAAAUGUAAAAAUGUCUGGGUGGUCUGGAAGAGUGCAUUUUUGUCAUGCUUGUCUGGCAUGACUGUCAAAUCUCUCAUGCACGUUACCCAAGAGCACCACUUUUCUGUCAUGCAGAAACGCAGUUCGCCAUGCAGAAUAGGCAACACCUAGAAGCUCAGAAACUUGUGAUGCUGAGCCAGCAUUUCUGGCCUCAUCAUGAGACGCCACCCAGCAUCACAAGUUUCCAGACCCAGACAUUUUUACAUUUGAUAUGACGCUGUGCGAACUUUGCUGGAAGACCGCGGUGUACAAGGAUAAAAAGACGAAGCAGCCGGUUUGCAGCCAGAACUGCCAAGUGGCGUUGCAACUGUACCGAGACCCCAUGGGCCUGGAGAACGACAAGUACGGGGGGAAAGGUGCAAACCAGGCUCUGUGGAAAAAAUACGUCGAGGGAAAAGACCUGUGAAGAGGAUGGCACGAUGGAUAUUCAUCAUUACUUUUUAUAUGCUUUUGCGAUAUGUUCAAAUGUUGUUGUGCAAUUCUGUGCGCAAAUCAGCGGAAAACGUUGGGUAAGAGUUCCCGACGGAGACGGAAGAACCUACGAAACGGAAGAAGAGAACCCGGCGCGUUUCCAGAUACAAUGGGAGGCCUUUUGCGAACACUCAGGCAAGGAGGAGGCGUGGGUAGCAGGCCUACUAUUCACAAAAGAGGAGGGAGAGUUGUGGGUUGCCGCUUGAGGCGAGACAGUCGAUGUCUCGAGGAAAGAAUCGCUUGUGUGUACAUCCGAGAAAAGAAGAUUUGACGAAAGAAAAGAAACAAAUUUUACACCCGGAUAGACACGUAAUGAAUGAAUGAAUGAAUCGCAAAUAAAGAACCACGAUAAUGGAAUUUUACAAUCGACCGAGAGAAGUAGAGAGAACAAAGGGCACAGACAUUGUGGGCGGUGAGCAGUCGCUCUCGAUAAGCAUUCGCUUACUGUUUUUAUUUUUUCUGCCGUCACAUUCUCCAAUGAAGGUGAGUAGCGCCACCUCCCUCUGAGCUUGCGACGAGUGUCUCCGACCUGUUGGUGAUCACUUUUCCUCGAUGUUCAGUCACAUUUGUCGAGGCUGUCGUAGACCUGUUGGUGAAGUUCUCAACAGGUCGGCACAUUUUUGGCCGGUCUUGAGCGUCCCAGGAAAGUGUUUUACAUCUCAUUCGAGAGAAAACGCAAGUUCUCCUGCAGCUUGCAGUCGCAAGCGGUCCACGCCUAGGACAAGGGUCAUCUAUAGAGUUCUAUUCUACGCAGAGAGAGAGAUUGUAAAAUCGCAAAUAAAGAACCACGAUAAUGGAACUUUGCAAUCGAUCGAGAGAAGUAGAGAGAACAAAGGGCACAGACAUUGUGGGCGGUGAGCAGUCGCUCUCGAUAAGCAUUCGCUUAUUGUUUUUAUUUUUCCCACCCUCGAUCAAGAUCGUUCCCUCCCUGACAAAAUGGACUCACUUCGUGCCGCACAGCACAGCUCGUCCUCCGCGGCAAUGGCGCAGCGGAUCCUCGCAAGAAGACGAGCCGCGUCAGCAUCAGUGCCACCGUCAUCAGCAUCAUCUUCGUUUUCCCGCCCUCCUCUCCCUCAACAUCAGCGGCAGCGAAGCACAUCUGACUUCACGAGUGCACCAUACCAGAAGACCCAGCUAAGUGAGCCAUCGUCAUCUUAUGGGAAAGAUGUGUUCUCAGCCGCAGUUGCUGCAUGCCAUGACUGCGAACUAGCAACGGAAGGCAUCAUUGCCGACCCCGCGAGCAGCAAGAAACCCCUUAAGCCCGGACUCUUCUCAGAAGUCGCUUCUCACCCAAAAAUUCUACGACUAUACAAGGACGCAAUGGACCCGAGCAAACAAAAAGUCACGAAACAAAAAGAAGAAGUUUUUUCUCUUCUUGACGACAAGUCGCGGCACCAGGCAGCAGUCGAGAAAAUGGCGAAACGUCCAGCAAAUGCCACCGAGGGCGCCAGGAUGAAAUGUUAUUUUCAAGUCUGCGAGCGAGCCAGCCAGCAUCCUGAGUUAGAAUUCCUCCGCAAACCAUGGCCCAUCACCCGAGCACAUGCAGUGCACUUCUUCACUGCGCUCGUGGGAGAUAGCGACGACUCCAGUACUUACGCUACUGCAGAUGAUUAUCUGUGGAGCGUAAUUGGAAGGCUUGAAGCCAUUCCAGGCGGAAGCAGCCUCGGAGUCGCAGACAAGACACACCUGUCACAGUUGGUGUCGCGCCAAAAACGCACCGGGAAAUUCAAUCACUCCCAGGCCCCGCCGGUGAUGCUAGCCGAGCUCACCGAGUUAAUGCGCCCGAUCAAUAAACGGAAACACGAAUUCGGUGCUGCCUGCGGAAUCGGGUUCCUGUUCGGGUUACGAAAAGCAACACUCCUGUCCAAGAUCUCCUUCGGUGGAGACGACAUUCCACAUUGCUGCGAGGACAUCCCCGAUUCACCAUCGGAUUUUGAAGAUGGAGGUGAUCUAGAUGAGGCUAUGCAGGUUGUUCAUCUGACCUCGAGAGCAAGUAACACAUGCGUGCCUUUUUCGGGAGACUUCAGUUUUAAUGCUGCGGCAGGAGUUUUCUGCCUUUCUCUCGAAAAAUAUGUGUUGAAGUCGAAUUAUAUUCGUCGAGUGUAUGUGAAGUGUUUGUGCGGUACUGCACUUGAUUGUUUGUGCCCACACAAACUUAUUCCGCUGCUUUCGCACCCGCAGCACGAUUGGCGAAGUGAAUUCUCUUCUGAUUUUCUAGCCUAUUUUGGUACUGGACGUACCCAGUCGUUGCGCAUAGGCUGUCUACAACAAUUAAUGAGUUGUAAGAUAAGUGCAACGCGCAUAGGCUGUCAUUUACGAUGGCGCACGGAGAAUAUGAAAGAGUAUUAUAACCGCGGCAAUCAAUAUGCGGCCAAUCCUUACAAAGAACUCAACUUCAUCCCGUGACUCAACCAAUUCACUCAGACCAACAGCACGGCAUUCGCAUUCGCGCCGGCAGUCCGCUCGUGAGAAUUCUCUCAGUUGGCAUUCGCCUGCUCUUGCCUAGUCAGACGCGCCGAGAGUCUCAUUACAUUCAAACUGCAGUCUGUUGAGAGUCCAGAGUUAUUCUCUCACAAAGCAUUAUCUACCGAGCGAGUCACGUUCAAAAUUCACUCGAGAGAAGCCAAGCAGUAUCAGGAAGUGGCCCUCUUACGAAUGCUGGAGAGAGAAAAAAGUUUCUGACUCAGCUCCCUUCAUCAUUUCGCAGUCACUCUCCAGAAGCUAGAAAACUCGAUCAAAUUCAAGAUGGCUCUCAACGCAGGAGCCUUUCAGCAGGUCGGCAAUGGCUUGGGGCCGCAAGCAGGAGUACUCGGUGGAAGUGCCGACCCGCUGUUGGCCGUGGUCCCGCCCCAGUUACAGGUGAACCCGAAAGCAAAGGCCAAGAACAAAGCCGGUCCCCCGCCGCCGCCCAAAGCGGUCACUCAACCGGUCGGCGCAGUCCAACAGCCCCAUGCUCCGAAAGCCCCUGCUCAAGGUCUCGCUGCCAUCGGGAAUCCCAAUGCCAACCCCCCGGUUAACAUCAAUGCGGGCGUCAAUCAAAACCCGGGCACCCCGGCGAAUGGGAACAACGCGGCAGGUGCAGCGGCAGGAGGCGGCGCAGUCGCGGGCGCGCAACAAGCCGCAGUCGCGGGCGCACAGCAAGUCGCUGGCGCAGCAGGAGGCGCAGCCGCAGGAGGAGCUGCUGCAGGCGCGCAGCAGCAAGCGGGAGCGGCUAAUCAGCAGCCAGGAGCGCAACAACAAGUUAUUCCCGCCGGUCAAAACAACGGACAACAAGUCGCUGCCCAGGCCAACGCCAAUAAUCAGGUGCAGCAGCCACAAGCCCCCAUCGCGAAUCAACAGCAGUUGAACCAGCAGCCGGCUGCUGCAGCGGCCGUGCAGGCGCAGCAACAGUUACUGGCACAGCAGCAAGCUGCUGCAGCGGCGGCGGCACAGCAGGCGCAAGUGCAGCAGCAAGCUGCGGCAGCAGUCGCUGCCCAGCAAGCGCAGCAGCAGUUACAACAGCAGCAACAAGCAGCUGCGGCACAGCAAGCGUUGCAGCAAGCACAGGUCCAGCAGGCCCCGGGUGCAGCGAUUGCACCAGCUGCCGUAGUCCAAGGACCGGGUGCCGCGCAAGUCCUCCCGAACGCGAAUGUAGCUGGCAACAAUCAGCAGAAUAUAAAUCAGAACGCGGCUGCUCCACUGCAAAUCAAUCCACCAAUUCAGCAGCAGUUUCCGGCCCCCGCCCCGCCGGGGAACCAGAAUCAGCAGCAGUACGCGCAGGCACCGGGCGGUGGUGCAGCCCCACCACCAGUUGGCGCACCACUCGGAGGACCAAUCCCAGCACCAUUCGGUCCGGUCCCCCUUGGCGCGAACUUGCAACAGCCGGGCGCAGUCCCCAUCUUCCCGCAGAUGCCACCCAUCAACGCGAAUUUCAACUGGCAGGACCAGCACGCGCAGAUGUAUUUCCAGCAACUUUAUUACCAGAAUCAGCUGAUGGCGCAGCAGAACGCCAACAUGCAGGCGAUGAUCCAACAGCAAACUACGAUGUCGCAAGGAGUAACUGGUUUGGCGGAAGCCUUCCCAUCUGCAAACGAUCCGUGGCACCCCGACGCCCCGAUGACCGCUCAGGAAUCUACCGCGUUCGCGAAUGCAAUCAACCAUCUUCCCCGGUCGGAUCGGAUUUUGUUAGAAUCAUUCAAGCAAAUCUCUGCGAUGGUACGGGAUAAGACCCUCCACCAAUCCGCGAACAUCGGAGUAAAAUACUCGUACAAGAAUCAAGCGCAAGUUUCUGAUGUCAAGACCACCAAGACAACUACACCAAGCAAUGCGUCCUUCGACGCUCUUGCGGCACCUCGCAAUCGGCGGAAAGCAGCCCCCGGUCUUCGAGUCUCCGGCCGAGGCCUACGAGCUGGUAUUGCUCAUGGACGAUCAUUUCCGGGCGAUUCCAGAAUCUGCUUCCCAAUCGGAAUGGGAAUCGAUCGCCACGUCUAAGCUCUACGAGGUGCUGGCGACUUCGGCGGACAAACUCGCACCGGCCAAGACCUAUUUUCACGACGGCGUCGCGAUCGAGACCAGUUACCAGGAGCGUGCGCGUGAUUAUUUCAUGCUCGCCGACAACGACGCUUCUGGUUUUCGUUUCCAGAUGCAGCAACUCAUGAACGUGUCGCAUCAAACAGCAAACAUGUUUCACAACUCCACGUUCCGAGCCAUCCUCAACAUCCCGGAUACUUCUUCUUCCUCCCGCAUUCCCGGCCGUGACCGUUCGCCGCGCCGUGAAACAUCUACGCGUGCAGAAUUAGUCGCCGAAGGAAAGUCCUUGAAGUACUGUUGGCAUUACAUGAAGUGCACGCCGUGCGAAAAUCGCACGAAAGUCAUCAACGGCUGCGUAGAAUGCGACAAGGGCGGGAAGCAUCCUUCCAAGAAGUCACAGUUAACCCGUGAACAGUUUAAAGCGAUCAAAGCUACCCAUUUGGGGAAGCAAGCGCUGUCGAAGAUCGGGUAUUUUGAUUGGAUGGGCGGCUCUAUUUACAAAGGCGAUAACAUCUCCAAGUACUUUCCGGAGCGCGAGUCUUCUUCCACAGCAAAAAGCAAGGGAGGAAAGAAGGGGAACAAGGGGAAGAAGGGGAAGAAGUCUCCGCCAGAAGUAAAAAUCGACCAGUCCGAAGACGAGAGUAAUCAUUCCGACAACAAUGACGACAAAAACGAGAAGCCAGAUGAUAAGUGAAGUGAUUCCAUCGCUACUGUUUUUUGUGUCCGCGUUUUGCGUUGACAAAAAAGUUUUUAGAAAAUCAACUUAAAAUGAAUCUCGCCUUACAUUUAUACUCAUUGUUUCAUCAAAUAGUUAUCAUCUCUCGUCAGUGUUAUCAAUCUUGUUUUUUGUCAAAUGCAACCCCAAGCACUCUAUACGAUUAUUUACAUAUUUUUCCACGACUUUCCAUGUCUAGCAGUAUUCCACUGCCUGUUUUCCUGUCACAGGAGCGCCUCAUGUUUCCAUAAGUGCAUUCGCACUCUGGUGUUUUUCACGCCACCGCCUUUCCAGUCGGAAAGCACAGCCCAUUCGACCGUCGCAAUUGCGAUUCCCCUCGAAGAGGGCAUGACUUCACGGACAAUCAGCUUUCCAUUCGAGUAGCAGUUGCUACUCUAUUUCCAUGAAGUCAACCUAUUCUAUACUUUCUUUUCUAGUACGCUGCAGAAGUCGCAGUAUUUUCGGCGCGCGUCGUGUUUGUCCUCACUGUUUGUCUGUCGUCGUCGUCUUAGUUCCGAGAGACACGUCGAGUGAGGGAGUCACAGGGAGUGGACCUCGUGGUCACGAAAGGAAGAGCGACGUUGCUAGAUUUUUCCUUGCGCCUCGAUAUCGAUAUGACCUUUUCGUAAUCAACUAGCGUCCACGAUGAGCAAAGUUUGCCUUCCCCCGCAAGGGGAGUUUUACGACGAUCCCAUCCCGCAGUCAGACCAGAACGACUACUCCAAAAAGUGGAAGGAGAUGCUUUCGCGGAUUGGUUGCGACAAACGGAAGCGUUCUCCAUUUUCCCCGCUCAAUUCUGAGUUCCUCGCAGUAGACGCGACUAAGUUGUCGACCGUGGAUAUUCGCGCGGAAAUUGAUGCAACUAACGCUGCAGCUGCCCCGCGUGAUACACGAUUGAAGUCAUCGAUGUGCGACGAGGUUCGGAAGUUCCACGGGAAAUACAACGUCGGGUUCAUCGACAUGGUCCUGGAGAAGGCUAGUUUCAAUGGCCGCGCAGUAGUGAAGGAGGUUCUGGCACAGGGAGGCACCUGUAUUCGGGAUUGCAAAGCCCCCUCCGCAUGGGGUGCUCCAUCAACUCGGCGUAAGCCAUGGUUUUCGACCACGGAGCCCCCGCACAACCUCGCCUCGUACAAGCCCGGCACCCCGCCUCCGGAUUGGUCUGAAGCUCACAUUCGUGAGAUUUACAGGCAGACCGAAGAGGAGACCGAAGUGGAGCCGUUGUUGGGGCACGCGCGAUUGGCCAAGAGCAUCUCGUACAGACAAGCGAAAAAGGCGGGGUGGAGCCACGUGUGGCGUCGUUUCUGUGUCGAACAGAAGACGAAAAUUCGGAUGAUCGACCCCGCGUGCGCUUGUAAUUCGCGCAGCGAUCUGUCGAAGGGGGUCCCGAUGGGCUCGGCCCAUGAAAUCUUGGGCGCGUCCGCGGUCUUGCGUGACCCGUCGUUACGCGAGCAGAACUACGUGUCGCUGACCCGGAAGACAGUGAAGGCCGGACGGUCCUUGGAGAAGAAGUACGAAGAUGCGUUCGUCGCUUUCGUCGAGUCUGGGACGCCGAUACCGGACGAGCUGAAGAAACCGCCGAAGCGGUACCACGACUCAGUCGAGUCUGCUCAAGUGGCCGCCGGCUAUCCGCAUCCCAAGCGCCAAAAAUUCGCCCCCGGGCUGUUGGUCGCGUUGAUGAUGCUAGUGGUUGACGUCCACAAAGCGUACAACACCAUCGCCGUCCGCCCGUCGCACAGGAAGUGCAACAGGUUGUGCGUCUUCGACCUGGACAGGAUGGCUUACAGGUUCUACGAGGCGCUGACCCUCAUCUUCGGGAACGUCCAUAGUGUCGUGUGUUGGGUUCGGGUUUCCAUGGCAUUGAAGUGCGUCGUGGUUUUCUUCGUCCAACUGAUGCUCAGCGUGUACGUCGACGACUUCGCUUCCCCCGUCCCUGAAGCAGUUGGUGACAAGGCGAAGGACCUCGUGCUGUACCUAUUUCAGAUCAUGCGGCUCGGCAUCCACCCGAACAAGGUGAAGCUGGAGAAGGUCACCGAAGUCUUGGGCUUGGUGUUUGAUCUGGCUGCCGACACGCCCGAGUUUUUUGUGUCCAUGCAGCGAGCGAACAGCAUCACUUCCAUCAUCGAUACUGCCCUCGCUUCCGCCUCGCUCCCCACCGACGUAGCAGAGUCGCUACACGGCAAGGUGAUGUUCUGCCUGUCCGCAUUAGUGGACCGCCGUUACAAUCCAGUCUUGAAACCGUUGGCGCAGUUCAUCCACCUCCCGCAGUCAGGAGGUGCCGCAUUUUCCGACAAGGUGAAGCAGUGCUUGCACAACAUCAAGCUCAUCCUUGCGGCCAACUUGAAGAAACGUCCUGUGUUUGAACGACCGGAAGAUGACAACCUGCUUUUGUACACUGAUGCUUCGUACAGCCACGGUUCGGGCUGGCACUCGGCCGUUUUUGUUUCUGCUGGGAAAUUGUAUGGUCGAUUUCUACGUGUAGUUGAAUCUGAUUUGUCAUCUUCGGUUCCGAUCAAGCAUCCCAUAUCGUUCCUCGAAACGGUGGCUCCGGUGGUCGCAGUGCACGAGUUUGCGAGCGUCCUACGGCCGAAGAGUCAUUUCCGGUUGUCAGUCGACAACGACAGUGCGAAGAAUGCAUUCUUGAACCAGAAUUCGCCCAAGCAGCACAUGGCCACGAUGGCGCUAUUCUUCUGGUCGUCGUGCUCCGCGCUGGCCUUGUCGCCAUGGAUCGACCGGGUCCCGACGGGAUUCAACGUGGCGGACAUUCCCACUCGUCCCAGAUUCCUGUUCUACAUAAUCUCCAAUUUCCCAGGGGCUUUCGAAGAGAUGUGUGACUACUCGAAAUCAUCGAUUUUGAUUGCGCGAAGCGCCAUGAAGCUCGAGACACAUGCAAAGUUCGGUGAGAUCCCUGGCGUUUCCAUGAGUCAGUAUCACGAGCCCACCAAGUGGUGCAAAGCAUCAGAGAAAUUCAUUCGAGUUGACACAUCACGAUCGGACAUAGUUUUUGAUGACAUUGUAUAAGAGUUUGAAGUAUACAUUCUGCGUUGCAAGAUUCGCGAGUCACGCGUUGCUUACUUAUAGUAUGACCUAGGCUGUCAGUUCACGCGAUGAGCUAUACACAGCUUUUGGACGCAUUCCAGGUUCCUGUGUUUUGGUGAAAGUUCUCGCCGAGCGCGCACGCUCAGCACCAGGUCGGCACAUUUUUGGCCGGUCUUGAGCGUCCCAGGAAAGUGUUUUACAUCUCAUUCGAGAGAAAACGCAAGUUCUCCUGCAGCUUGCAGUCGCAAGCGGUCCACGCCUAGGACAAGGGUCAUCUAUAGAGUUCUAUUCUACGCAGAGAGAGAGAUUGUAAAAUUGCGAUAUGUUCAUGUUGAAUAUAUGCGCCGUGUAAUAGUGACGAACGCCGCGAGUACAA